CCCAGGAGGCUGUAAUGAGCUCAAGCUUUAGAGGAGUGGAGCUGCUGUAGUGAGGACCAGGUGGGCGUAAAAACUCAACAGGACUCGAAAAUGGCAAAUCGAUCCUCAGCAACUUCUCGCCAGUCAUCUUCUUACACAAGGAUAUUUGGUGGUGAGCGCAGCGUCUCCGCUCGGUCCUGUUACUCCAGCCGUCAGCAAUCGGCUCCAGCGCGCACAGCGCGUCUCUCCUACAGCACCGUCUCCGCUCCGCCGAGCAGAAGUGCGCGAGUGACAAGCGCAAACUUGCCCCGACUCGCAUCCGAAACGUUGGACUUCGCCCUGUCCAGUGCCAUCAACGUCGAAUUCAAAGCGCACCGGACAAACGAGAAAGCCGAGAUGCAGCAGCUAAACGACCGCUUUGCGUGCUACAUAGAGAAGGUGCGCUUUCUAGAGCGGCAGAACAAGAUGCUGAACACCGAGCUGGCGCAGUUCAGAGGAAAAGGAACAUCCAGAGUCGGAGAUCUUUAUGAGGAGGAGAUGAGAGAGUUACGAAGGCAAGUGGACGAACUCAACAGUGAUAAGGCCAGAGUCGAAGUGGACCGAGAUAAUUUGAUGGAGGAUAUCGAACGCCUAAGAGAAAAGCUUCAAGAAGAGGUCCUUCAAAGGGAAGAUGCUGAAAACAACCUCCAGGUUUUCAGACAGGAUGUUGAUAAUGCAACCCUGGCUCGUCUAGACUUGGAGCGCAAGGUGGAGUCCCUACAGGAGGAGAUUACUUUCCUGAAGAAACUUCAUGAUGAGGAGCUUGUUGAGCUGCAGGCCCAGAUACAAGACCAGCAUGUGCAGAUUGAUAUGGACAUAGCAAAGCCUGAUCUGACCGCUGCACUGCGAGAUGUCCGCCUUCAGUAUGAGACUCUGGCCAGCAAGAACAUCCAUGAGGCUGAGGAAUGGUACAAAUCUAAGUUUGCAGAUCUGUCAGAGGCUGCUGCUCGUAACACUGAAGCCAUCCGCCAGGCCAAACAGGAUGCUAAUGAAUAUCGCCGCCAGGUGCAGACUUUAACCUGUGAGGUGGAUGCACUUAAGGGCACUAAUGAGUCUCUGGAACGCCAAAUGGGGGAACUGGAGGACAAUUUUGCCAUGGAGUCCUCUAGUUACCAGGAAACCAUCGCUCGUAUGGAUGAAGAGAUCCAAAACAUGAAGGAUGAGAUGGCUCGUCACUUGCGUGAGUACCAAGAACUGCUGAAUGUCAAAAUGGCCCUGGACAUUGAGAUUGCGACCUACAGGAAGCUGCUGGAGGGAGAGGAGAGCAGGAUUGCCAAUCCACUGCCCAAUUUUUCCUCUUUUAAUUUGAGAGAAUCCAUGAUGGAAACCAAACCACUUAUUGAGAACCUGUCCAAGAAAGUGGUGAUUAAGACUAUAGAAACAAGAGAUAGUCAAGUGAUUCAUGAGUCUACUCAGCAUCAUGAAGACCUGGAGUGAACUGCAUACAAAACCUUUAAAAGAAAAGCUCACAAAGAAGGAGAGCUCUGUAGGGAGAGGUGAUAUACAGUACCAGAGGAGUAUUUUUGUUUCUGUGACAUUAAAACAGCUUUAAUGUGCCUUUUUGCCACUCUAGAUCAGCAGGUAGAGAGGUGUUUUAUAUAAUAUAGAGGUUGUAGGCUAGUGGAAACCAACUUCACACACAAUUGUUAUAGAUUACACUGUGCAAAUUAGACCCCAGCAAUAAUCUUAGCUAUAUUGAUUUGCACUGUUUUUUUGGUCAGCUUCCAGCUUGACCAAAAUGUAGAAGAAUGAAUGAAUAUAUUUCUUAAAACAAACAAACAAACAAACAAAUAAACAAAGUUAAUAAA